AUGGCAGAUCAGAAGAUAGCUCCCGUGAUUCCAGAGUCCCAGCCUUCAAACAUUGUUGAGAAAGUGGAGGUCGUUGCUGCAAGAGAAUCGGACCUAGAUGAGGAUCAGGACGAAAAGCUGAAUACGCCUGACAGGGAAGAGCCAAAUGAACUGGAAAAGGCUACACUUAGGCAUGUCAGCGAUAAACUGAGCUUGUCCGUUUGGCUGGUUGCUAUCAUCGAGUUUUGUGAACGAUUUGCCUAUUAUGGGUUGAGUGCUCUGCUGCAGAAUUACGUCCAAAGGCCCUUAGAUGGAAGCCUGGGACGUGGAGCCCUGGGUCUCGGUCACAGAGGCGCCACUGCGUUAACGACGUUUUUCCAGUUCUGGUGCUACAUCACUCCUGUUCUUGGGGCCAUUAUUGCGGAUCAAUAUUUGGGAAAGUACAAGACACUCAUUUUAUUUUGCGGCAUCUAUCUCCUAGGUCUGGUGAUCCUACUUUUGACUUCGUUGCCCAUCGCCUUGCAAAAUGGGGCCGGUCUUGGUGGCUUUAUUGCUGCAGUAAUUGCAAUUGGACUUGGAACUGGUGGUAUCAAGUCCAACGUGUCUCCUUUGAUUGCAGACCAGUAUACCCGAAGAAAAAUGGCAGUAUCUACCACAGAAAAAGGUGAACGUGUGAUUUUGGACCCUGCUGUCACGAUUCAGCGCAUCUACAUGAUAUUUUAUUGCUGUAUCAACUUAGGAUGCCUUUCCAUGCUUGCUACUCCUUUCAUGGAGAGAGACGUUGGAUUUUGGUCAGCAUAUCUCAUGUGCACAAUUGUUUUCUGCCUUGGAAUUGCGAUUUUGGUCGCUGGCAGGAAGAUAUAUGUCAUCAAGCCACCACAUGGUACCAUUAUUACAGACGCUUUCAAGGCCAUCUGGAUGAUGAUUAAGGCUCGAAACAUGGAUGCUGCUAAACCAACUUAUCAGGCUAGCCUCAGUGCUGGUGGGAGUUCUGUGACGUGGGAUGACCACUUUGUUGAGGAAUUGAAACGUGCCCUCGUUGCCUGCAAAGUCUUCACUUUCUUCCCUAUUUUUUGGGUGGUGUACGGCCAAUUCGCUUCCAAUUUUGUCAGUCAAGCGGGUCAAAUGGCGGGUCACGGCAUCCCAAACAACUUUAUGCAAACCUUUGAUCCCAUUGCAAUCAUCAUCGCUAUCCCGGUUCUCGACAGAGUGGUGUACCCUAUUUUGCGAAAAUACCACAUCGAGUUCCGACCAAUUACCCGGAUUACUCUUGGUUUCCUUGUCGUUUCCCUUGCCAUGAUGUAUGCGGCUAUUGUUCAGCACAUGAUCUACUCAGCCGGGCCAUGCUAUGAAAGACCUCUGUGUGAACUUUCCAUUGUCAAUGGCGUCAAACACGGUAACGAUGUACACAUUGCUAUUCAAGCGCCAGCAUAUAUGUUCAUUGGUAUUGGUGAAGUCUUCCUUAGCGUGACUGGUUUGGAGUAUGCUUAUACGAAAGCACCAGAGAGGUUGAAGAGUUUUGUUUCUAGCUUGUUUCUCCUCACAAGCGCAUUCGGUGCUGCACUUGGAUUGGCACUUAGCCCAGUGGCGUAUGACCCGGCCAUCAAAUGGAUGUUUGUCGGGCUGUGCAUUACUAGUGUGGUUACUGCGGGCAUUUUCUGGCUCUUGUUCCGUGGGCUCAAUAAGGAAGAAGACAAGAUGAAUUCGUUGGAUAAAAAUUAUACUGGGGAGGAUAGUUCAUGA